AUGCAAAGUUGCGACAGCCCGUGGGAACGAUACAUUUCUGCUCUCAAGGAGCGCAAUAUUCCUUACAAACGGGAUGAUAUUGAGUCUGCAUUCAAUGCUGGAUCCAAAACUGGCCAGGAGAACGCGCAAUGGGUGACUGAUCAUCUUGGCUUGGAGACAUUGUUGUCCAAAGAGGAAGCAACUCUUUUAGGUAGACUAGAGGCGUCGGGAGUCUUGCAGAGCUUACUUCGACAUCCGGACCUUCCUACAACUAGACCUCUUCUGGAGGAAGACCUUCGCGCUGCGACGGCUACCCUGAAAUCCUCGACGGCUGCCAUUCAGAAACAGACGGCAGUGUUAAAAUCUCAAUAUGAGCUCGUGCGAAGAUGUCGUUCUCGUGACAAUGACUCUGAGCGGGAUCAACAGCAAGAAUUGGCUGGUCUUAACCGGAGGCAUCGAUUGGAGAAACAACGGGUGACUGCUGCGGCUGAUGACCUUAAAAAUGACAUCGAAACGAGAAUGAGUGCCCAAAGAGAGCAAGCGCAGGCUGAGAAAAAACAAUUGCUCUUGUCCGUCACUGCGAAGUUAAAGGACGACGAUAGGGCGCUUGCCAAAGCUGAAAGUCUCGCGUCAGAACUGGAAUCAACGGAAGAAGAUCACAUUCUCAAAAAGCGUGCCGCGGAACUUACAUCAGCUCUCUCCCGAUUCGUAUCGGAAGAGAUAUAUUGUCGUCUCGAUCGACUAUAUCUGGAAGCCCUUGAAGCCGGUGAUGAUGUUUCCAGUGAGGUAGUGGGAAUGGAGGAUACUCUACUUGUUCUUGAACAAGAUUUGGAGUCUCUUUAUUCAGAGAUCGAGGUCCUGGCUGAGAUGUCUGCGAGGCAGCAAUUUGGGCAACAAAUAUUGCGAGAGCUCCAGAAGAACCAUGAUCAGUUGAACUCAACAUUGGAAGGAAAGCUGGAUACGAUUUUGCAUUUAAUCACCGAAAUGACGCUUUCCGCAGAGCACGUCACAGAGCAGCUGCUCUAUCGACAAUCUUGCCGUGAAACUUUCGAGGAACUGUCGACUGUUUAUAAGAACGAGCUACGUUGUAGCCCCGCUGGUCAGAGUUCCACUAAAAAGGUGCUACGGCGAGAUUCGUCACUGAGCACCGUAGGUGUUCCACAGCCGACAGGGUCGGUCGACAAAGUGAAAUCGACAUCCAUUCCACAGUUACAAGCUUAUGAAAGCUUCUUGCGUCGUAUGGGAGUUUCGGGAGGCCUGGAAAAUGGCUCCUCUGAGCGACCUAGUCUUUCGAAGUCCAUUUCUGAAAAAAGAUCUCGGAUGGUGGAGCUUCUACAGAAUCUCAGCAAAACAGCCGAUAUGUCACUGGCAGAGUAUCUCACUCGGACAGACCGAGCAACAGAGCUUCUCUAUUCUGCUCUACAGGCCGAUUCUGGUUGCCAGCUCUCUCUUGUCGAUGUUCACCAGAAACAACGACUUGCUGAUCUAGAGAAACAACUUGGUCUGAUCCAAAAAGGAAUUGAGGGACUCAAUUUGGACGUUCUUGGGCAGCGGGACAAAGCCCAGGAGAGGUUUCUGGAAAGAUGGCGGUGA